UACGACUCAAAGGCCUCGACAGAAACGACAGUCUUGAGGUAAGCCUCUUUCACUUGGAGCUGCAGAGAGCCAGAGACACUCUUCCUUUGUGGACUAGCCGUUCCCUCUUGCUAUCUUGAAAGGCUGAAGAAUAUUGGCCGCAUUUCAAUCCCCAGGUCCCAAUGAUCAUAAAAGGGUUGUUCAGGAGAUAUCAAAGAUGGAAUCCUGUACAUCCCACUUUUGGAACCUUUUGGGGCAUGGGACUAGGCAUUGGCUGUGGUGUUGGAUGGGGUCCUGGGUUUGGUCCUGAAGUUAUUGGUUAUGUUGGUGCUGGCUGUGGUGUUGGAUUUAGUGUGGGCAUUACUCUGGCUGGUUUUGGAAUUGGUCUUCCUGCUAAUUAUGUCUUUGAAGUUCCUUAUAAUGCCAUUGUGGCAACAAGCCGUUGUGCAUUGAUGUUUGCCCGAUCUAGUGGUCUUCUUUCUGGAAAAGAUGUUGCUGGGGAUGAAUGGAACAAUUUUGCACCUCACAUUUCUGUUUUCCAAAGAGAAACCAGCAGAAGAUUUUUUGGUUUUAAUAAAAAUGUUUUCUUGGACAAAGGGAUUGACUUAUUUGACAUGCAGAGCAAGAUUUCUGAACAUGCUAGAUCGUUUUCUAAAGAUUUAGGAACAUUUUCUGCUCGCUUCUUCCCCCCUCGCAAAGGUCCAAAAGAUUGAUGUCACAAAGAAUGCUCAACCAUUUAGCCUAUGUAUGAUACAAAGUAGAUAAGAGCAUGGAGUGACUAUUUAUAGGAUGCCGAGUGCGUUUUCCACAAGAUUUCCAUGCCCGAUUUCUUGCACUUGAGAUCCUUGCAUCACAGCAUGCAUCUCAGACAUUCAUCAAUCGUCAACACAGUCUCUCUCACUCUCUCUCAGCCUCAAGCAAAAUUGCAGCAUCUCCUGUGACCAGCCUCUCGGGCUUUGGCGCUUAGCAGCGCUUCAAUCUCGGGCUUUGUAUUUUAAUUAUUUGUUUUGAUUUUUUAAUGAUUAGUUAUUGUGUUUUGUGUAUUAAUUUGUCUCCUGUUUGGUUGUUGAUGGUGAAAUUGAUUGUUGAUUUUGCUUCUGGAUUUUCAUUUAUCCUUUAUUCUUUCCAUUUUCAA